UACGUCUCACGUACACUUCAGACAGCAUGGUGGAAGAUCCGAUGAGGCACAAUGGCACAUAUUGUACUACAUUCUAUGAAGAGGAUAAACUUGCCUGUUCUGAAUGCUUUUAACGAGCUUUUUGUUAACACUUUUUUUAUUCAAUACCGUGGUUAUGCUAAAAAGCCAGUAAUGAAAGGAAAAGGUAAAGGAAUUGUAAAGGAAGUUCUUAAGGGUCCAGAAGUGUGUAAGGAUCCAGUGAGACUUUGCACGCAUGCAGUUGGAGUCAACAUCUUGAAACAGGGCGAGGACCCUCUUAUUAAACCCAAGGAGGAGUAUCCAGAAUGGCUGUUUCAGUUGGACCUCGGCCCACGCAAAAAACUCAAUGAACUGGAACCAGACAGUUGGGAAUACUGUAAUCUUUUAAGGAAGGAGCAUAUUUGGAGACAUAAUAAACUGCAUAAAGGCAAAAAGAUGUAGAGGGAAUGGACAGAAUGCUUAUAUGAAUAUGCUUCUUUGAGGGCAAGGCCUGGGUGAACCUUUGCUUUCCCAGCAGGCACAGUAGACAUUGCCAAUUUUGCUGGUGUGUUAGUUCUCCUGUUUCUGAGGAUGAAGUGUUUGUAUUUUUGCUUAUUUUGUUGUCAUUCUUUGUAUUACUAUUAUUGUCGUUUUGUUAUUGGUCUCAUUUCAGUCACAUGAACAAAUAAAAUUCUGAUGCCAUCAUCAA